GUGGAUUUCAGAGGCUUUAAAAUUUUGGUGGGGAUUGUUUUGUCAGUGGGUGCAGUCAAAAUACAAAGAGCAACAGAAUCGACAUGCAAAUGAGCAUCUCUACAGUUGGAGUUUGAUUUUUUUUCAAAAGAUGCUGUAUUCCAUGCUGCGUAGUUCAAGCUAUAAAACUUGACUCUGAAUAAUGGAUUUCAUUAAGAAGAACAGUGUUCACCUUAUUCAAAGAAUGGGAAUGGUCACUGUAAAGCAGAUAGCGGAUGACCUUUUUGCCAGCAAUGUCCUGUCUGGUGAAGAAAUGAAUACUAUUGUUUGUGAAAAGACUCAACAGGAUGCUUCAAGAAUGAUGAUUUACAUGGUUUUGAAUAAAGGUUCAGAAGCCUGCAGAAUUUUGGUUAAAGCACUUGAGAAACAAAGCCCUUUUCUCUAUCAGGAAUUGCAUGGAUACUGUAUCACUAGGCAAGUGAAACCAGACUUGGAUGGCUUGGCUCAGGAUUUAAUGGACUUGUAUCUGUCUCCAUUCUUCCAAAAAUUUCAUCCAUUGGGCAGUGAUAUUGACAUAAUUUUUGAUUUGAAAACUACCUUUACAGACAUCUUGCUUUUGAAGAAAGAUACACAUAACACCAGGAAGGGGCAACUCACUUUAAGCAUCCUUUUGGGUGAAUUAAAAAACCCCUGCAUAAUAGAAGGUGAAGCUGGCAAAGGGAAAACAACCCUCAUGAAGAGAAUUGCUAUACUAUGGGCUUCUGGGAAUUGCCCUGCUUUGACUCAUUUCAAAUUUGUUUUCUUUAUCAGCCUGAGCAGUGCAAAAGAAGGACUUUAUGAAACUGUAUGUGAUCAGCUUCUUACAGUUCCAUAUACCAUACCCAAGCAGGACUUCAUGAGGAUGUUGCUGGGACUAAGACAAAAGGUUCUUUUUCUAUUAGAUGGAUAUGAUGAAUUCAGGCCUUCAAACUGCCCAGAAAUAGAAGCAAUGAUUAAAGAAAACCACAAAUUCAAGAAUAUGGUCAUUGUUACCACCAGGACUGAGUCUAUUCGUAAGGUCAGACAGUUUGGUUCACUCAUUGCUGAAACAGGAGAUCUAACAGAGGAGAAUGCUAGGCAGCUCAUUAACAAUGUCUUGGAAUAUGAGCUGGCCAAGGGUCUGCUAAUUCAUCUAGAGGAAACUAAUUUCAUGAAGAAUCUUAUGAAGACACCACUCUUUGUUGUCAUUGCCUGUGCCAUCCAAAUGGGUGAAAGUAAUUUUAAUCCAAGCACACAAACAGCACUUUUCUGCACACUGUAUGACCUGAUGGUUCAGAAAAAUAAGUACAAGACAGAAACAAUUGCAGCAAAUCACAUUAAACUGAGCAUAAAUCAUUGUGGAGACCUAGCCCUAGAUGGAAUACUUGACCAAAAGUUUGAUUUUCAGUCUGAGGAUUUGUCCAGUAUCAAAGAAGAAGUACUACUGGCUUCAGGUCUUCUAAAUAAAUACACAGCUCAAAGGCUAAAGCCAGUGUAUCGAUUCUUUCAUAAAUCCUUUCAGGAAUACACUGCAGGCAGAAGACUUUGCAGCCUAUUAACAUCCUCCAAGGACACAGAGAUGGCUAGAGGGUUUAGUUACCUACAAAAAAUGGACAAUAUUUCAGAUAUUACAUCUACUUACUAUAAUUUGCUUCUUUAUACCUGUGGAUCCUCUGUAGAUGCUACUAGAAUAGUUAUAAAGCAUCUGACAGCAAUCUAUCAGCAUGGAAGUCUUUUUGAUCUGCCUUCACUAAGUAAUCUUUCUUUGGAAGGAGAACCUGAAAAGGUGGAAAAUGCAAAGCAGCAUGAAGUUUUGCAGGCAACUAACCUGAAUUCUUUUGUGGAAUGUGUCAUUAACUUAUUUUAUGAAAGUCGCUCAAAAUCAUGCUUGAGUGGAGAAUUUGAAGAAUUUUUUCAUGGUAAGAGACUAUGUAUUAAUACUCAAAGCAUCCCAACAUACCUCUUUGGGUUUUUUAAACACUUACCUAAUUGUGUCAGUGCACUGGAACUCAUUAAAUUAGAUUUUUUUGGAAAUUCCUCACUGGAUAACAUGGAAGAUGAGAACACAAGAAAUUCCCAAAUUUAUAUCCCUGAAAAGGCUGUCUCCUUGUUCUUCAAAUGGAACCAGAAAAUUCGGGCUUUAGAGAUUACACUCCAGAAUUUUAACAAGUUAAAGAAAGAUGAUAUUAAGUAUCUAGGUAAAAUAUGCUGCUCUGCCUCAAGUCUCAGCCUGCAAAUCAACAGAAGUGCUGGCAUUGCAGGAACAUUGAAGAAAGUCCUUGAAACCUGUAAGAAUAUGCAAGACCUUAUUGUAGAAUCCACGCCUCUUACCACAGAAGAUGAACAACAAAUCAUAGCAAUGACAAAGCUGAAAAAAAUAAAUAUAAGAGAUCUGCAAAGCAAACAUCUAGAAGGUGGACUUAUUGAUGGAAUACACAACCUAAUUAAUGUUGAAAAGCUCAUCUUUGACAAUAUAAAGAUGAAUGAGAGCAAUGCUAAAAAAUUAGCUGAAGGCAUCAAGCUUUUGAAAAAGCUGCAUUUGUUGCACUUGAGCCAUUUGACUGACAUUGGAGAUGGAAUGAGGUGCAUAGUAAGAGCCAUCUCUGCUGAACUAGGUGAUCUUGAAGAAAUCCAUCUAGUUAAUUGUUGUCUCUCUGGGGAUGCUGUGGAAAUACUGGGUCCCAUUCAUUGCAAACCAGCUCAGAAUCUUUGUAAUUUACCAAAACUGAAUGUACUUGAUUUAUCUGAAAAUUAUUUGGGAAAGGAUGGAAAAGUUGCAGUUCGUAAACUAGCUAACAGCCUUAACAUCCUUCCAAAUAUGAAAGUGCUGAUGCUUCCUUGGGGAGAUGAUGUGAAUGUCUGCCUGAGCGAGCUGCUAAUGCAGCUCAAAACAAUGCCACAGCUGACAAAACUCGGAUUGAAUAGAUGGAGCCUUACUGAUGUUGAGGUUAAAGUUCUAGGUACAUUUUUUGAGAAAACACCAUUGGAAGACCUCCAGCAUUUAGACUUGGCAAUGAACUGUGUGACAAGUAAUGGCUGGCUUUCCUUCGUUCAGGCACUGGUGAAUCUCAACAAGUUGAGAUUUUUAGACUUUAGCAGCAAAUGUGACUUGGUACCUGACCCACUGUUAAUCUGCAAAAUGAGCCAAGUGCUAACUACACUGAAUUACUUAAAAGAGAUAAGGUUGACUGGCUGGAAGUUAGAUGACCAUGAUCUGGGACUUCUUAGUGAUGCAAAAGUGAGCUGUGGAAAAGAAUUUCAGCUAGUGAAUUUUUAAACAAGGCCAGCCUCAAGUGAGAGCAGCAACUUGAGCUCUUGUACUUUGAUAUCCGCUCCUACGCGUGG